GGGACGGAGGCUGUGCGAUCUCACGCUCCCUUUAUCCAGUGCAUCGGGGUAAGAGGAUGCAAAGUUAUGGAGCUUGCUGCAGAUAGAAUUGUAGUUUUAUAACAUAAUUAUCACUUUUGUGAAGUUUUGGGCAUCGCAGCUUUGGAAUAUAUAUUUAUAUUUUUACUUGCGUCAUCCUCGACCGAAAAUGCCUUACUUUUGGGGCUGGACUAACUCUAUCUGGAUUUUUCUUUUUGCCACUUUUGAUUCUUCCUUUUCCAACUAUUCUGAAGACCAGUGCAGCUGGAGAGGAAGUGGUUUGUCCCAGCAGCAGGGCAGCGUGGAGCAGAUCUCCCUCCACUGCUCUGAGGGCACGCUGGACUGGCUGUAUCCCAAAGGAGCCCUGCGCCUCACCCUCUCACCCCGCCUGCCCUCUGUGGCCGUGGGGCCCGGUGGCAGCAGCUCGGGCCUCAUCACCGCCUGCGUCAAGCCCUCCGAGGAGUUCCACGGCGCUCAGCUCUACCUGGAGAGAGAUGGCGUGCUGGAGCUGCUGGUGGGGGACAGGCUGGAGACAUCCCCCCCUCCGAGAGUGCGCUGCUUCAGCCGCCUCCCCGGGGAGAGGGUGGCCCUCUUCCUGCAGGCGACACCUCACCCGGACAUCAGCAGGAGGAUCGCCUCCUUCCGUUAUGAGCUGAGAGGGGACUGGACCGCCCGCCUGUCGCUGGACUCCAACUCCAUCAGCAGUGAAGAUGCCUGCAGACCCUGCAACAACACAGAGAUUCUUAUGGCUGUUUGCACCAGUGACUUUGUGGUGCGAGGUAACAUCCGGUCAGUGGAGGAGGACGAUACCUUGCGGGCUGCAGUGAUCAAGGUCAGCGCCACCCGUGUGUUUCGCCAGAAGUAUGCGCUGUUCACCGGUAACAGUCGCAUCGCCAGCCGGGGAGAGAUCCGGACUCUGCUGCAGUGCGGCGUCAAACCAGGACCCGGAAGCUUUCUUUUCACCGGCCGGGUCCACUUUGGGGAGGCUUGGCUGGGCUGCGCGCCCCGCUACAAGGACUUCCAGAGGACUUAUGCUCUGGCCAAAGCAGCUCAGCAGAUACCCUGUGAACUGCCCGUAGACUGAGCAACUCGUCUGCAGUUUGUGUACCGUGCAGAAUUGAGGUGGUGCUGACGGCCAAGACAGACUCAGCCUCCGUUCAGGGACAGGCCCAGAUGUGUGAAUGAUGGCUGAUGCAGCCACAAAACCACCAACAAUUAUGGUCCUCCCAAAGGACUGAAGAGUGAAAUGGACUUCCUCCAACAACCAUUUCAGUGCAAUAUGCAGGCACCGGGUCCAAAAGACACGGUGCGGCCAUGACUUGAUGGGCAUGGUUGAAAAGAUAUGGCAUUUAGACAGUCUGCGAUGAUGCCGCAUGGCUGAUCAAAGUAAACUGAUCAAAAAGCUUUCCAUUUGGAAGACCUUCAGUCAAGCCAUUAAUUUGGGUCUGCUAAGCCACUGCUUUGAAACUCAGGAAAACAAGUGACUGGCUCCUUAGAGAGCUCACUGGCUAUUAGUUGAUAUCCUGUUUAGGAUACGCUUUAGACAGGUGUUGCUGUGGUCUGGGAUUUUAGAAGAAAAAAUCUACUUUCUGCAGUGUUUUUUGUCCAGAUAAUGUGUGAGCACUCGUGGCGGAUUCCCCAGUGCUGGAUUCGUCCUCAGUGCUCACUGUUAUCAAGGAGAUUAUAUAAAGUCCUCACUGAAGGAAAUGUUAAAAACUAUUUGCACUCAUAUAGAAAAAAAGGGUAUGAUCUGGAAAGUGAGAUGCUGCAAGCACUGAAAACCAAAUAAAAAGCAAAUAUAUGUAGCAUAGUGGAGCAAAUGAAAAUUAAUAUAUGUACAGAUCCUGUGAGCCUAUAUGUGGUGGAAAGACGAAGCUGAGGCGACCAGAGCAGCUCCAUGCUCUUCAAGCCAGUCUGAGAUUUUUGCUUCUGCAAAGGCACAGGCUUUGAAAAGCACUGUACUGAAUAUGAAAUAAGAUGUUUAAUUUGCAUAGCAUGAAAUACAUUAUAUAUAUAUGUAUAUAUAAUGUAUUGGCGUCCAGUUGAGUUUGGCCAAAGCAGUUAUAAAUCAGGUUGUUUUCCUUUUUUCAACUUGUCACAUAUUGAGGAGAUAUUGCACUGUAUAUGUUGAUGUGUUGGUGAUGUUUGUAACACUAGAGACAACAGCUAUUCAUAACUGAAGUCUAGUGGAUUUACAUGAUAUAAAAGGGUGAUGAUAUGGAUUUAAAAAGACAAAACUGCUUGCUGGAAAAACACCGUACUCCACUGGACUUGGCUAGCUAAAAAAAAAAAAAAUGUAUUUUAAAAAUGUAUAGAAUUAUUUUCUGUAAAGUGGUCUGUUUUCCAUCAAAGGGUUCACACCAAAUGACCUUAAUGUGCCGAAAUGGUUUGCCGACAAUGCAUACACUGCCAUUUUGUUUGUUUCGGAUGUAAAUGAUGUUAAUAUUAAAAUGGAUGUAAAUAUGUUAAUAAGAAAUUCUAGAAAAAAAAAAAGGAACAAGUAUUCUGAAUUAUUUUAAUGUUUGU